GGACGAAGCUGAAAUCUGGCAUUAGGCAGCCGUUUGGCUGUGAAUACCUCGGGAAUAGCUACGUUGUAGACCCGUGCGGUUCCGGGUACUCUUAUCUGAAGUCGUCUAAGGUGGACAAGUUCGCCAUCCCGGAUCCGCCCAGAGCCGCUGCGAGACCGUUGGCGGACGAUAUCAUCGUCUUUCUGGAAAAGGUGGCCAAGUCUCCACCACGAGGUAUGGUGUCCUACUACAUAGAGCCUCUCAGGUCCGACGUCGUCUCGAUCUUCCUACCUGGCGAUCUGCUCACCCGUAUCACCACCAUUGCCAGCGGGCACAUUUCCUACGGGUCUGUCAGCGCCAGGUAUUCUGGCAUGUGCCUUCAGAGGAGCAAUGGUGAUCUAUGGCUGUGCACUUUAGUAAGGGUUGGCUGGCGGCUAUGGCUGGUAGUUUCAGACCGACACACAUCAAAGUUCGAGUCCUUCAUACGCCGACAAUGGGGGACGGGCUCAUGCGAACAUUUCGUGCGCCAUGCCUCUGGGUUCAUAUGUCCUACGAGGCUGAGGUCGGUAGGCAUCGACUUCACCAUCGAAUGUGCGGGACCUGGGACAUGGUGGUCAUCAGACCUCAACAGUACUACGCGGUAAUCAACUACUCAACCUGCAUUGCCAUUACGUUUGGCUUGUCUCAUUCAGAGCAGCAUGUGCCGCCUCUGAGUCCGGUUCUAUGCGGACAGUGCGAGGUAUGUAUACGCGAUCCUCUAGGUUCACAAACGGCCUUCCCACUCACACUGGGAGUUGGACGGGUCUCAGGCAAAUCAGUGACAGCUGUGGCUUCGACAAGACGGAUCGUGCCCGCGAAGCGAUCGCGGCCACCGAUCGACCUUACAAAACCACCCAAGAAGCGAAACAACGUUGGGCCUCGAGCGGAGCUGAGGCAAAUUGUCAGAGAAGUCCUGAAUAUCGACGGAUUAUGCAAGAUCCCUCGCAUUGAGUGGAACAAGCCGCCACACCCAAACGUCUUAAAGCUUGCUCUGAGCGUCGGAAGCCGCACAGCUAUACAACAGUUUUGCGGUCUUGUACGUAGUCGAAGAGACCCCAGCAAUGACAGAAUCCGGAUCCGAUGUGCUGGGGAUCUUCACGCCCGCAUUGGACAGCAACUGAAUGCCAUCCGACUAUCGCGGCGACGAUCCAGCAUCGAGGAACUCAUGAUACGACUUAGUCAGUAUUCGCUUGCCUGUGAAAUCGAGCGGUCGAAGCUCGGCCGUAUCAGAUCCGAUCCGGCGGUAUUGGACGCGAUUGCCAAGAAGGCCCGGUGCUCCAAGGCUGGCCUGUCCCGGCAUACAAAGUUGGGCAACAAGUGGGUGCGACUCUGCCAUGGUCGGGGAGAGCUAAUGUGCUUUAUUCUUUUGGACAGUGAUAACCCGUUCGGCGUGUCCUCAACCGCGGUUCAUGGUCUCAACGAAACGGAAAUAGAUGAUCUGAGGGAUCUCUUAGGUAUAGACUAUGUUGCCUCUCUAUGCGCGUCAGCGAGUGCCUUCUUUGACUCAAUAGAAGGCAUCUCACAAGAUAUAGAGUUUGCUUGGGAGCUCUAUGACCAGCCUUUGGACAAAUUGCCCGAGAAGGAGAUGCUGGCGCUCAUGCGGCCAAUUCUGCCAGUCAACAGAAACGCCUACCAUCCUAAUCAUUAUCCGACUUGGCCACGCCCGUAAGGUUGGCCGCGAGACUCAGACUGGCCGGCUGACCCCACUAAAGUCUCACAUGACGACGAUAAAAAAUGCGACUUCUGCGACAAGGAUAUUUGCUUGUGCAUUGAGGAUGCCUUCUCUCGC